AUGCCCAUGACCAAGAGGGUGCUCCCACCUGGUCAGAGUCCCAGACCUGACAACUUGAAAUCGUUUCCUCCUGAUCGUAAAUCUUCGAAGGUGUAUACCACAAGAGUUCAUAAUCUAGUUCAGGUCUCCAUAGCCCUGCGAGGUAAUCUUUAGGAGACAAUUUUAAUGAUGCGCAAGUUCGUCUUGCCAGCGCCGAAAUUGCGAUAAGCCUGUCCGAGCAAAAGGUAAGAUCGCAACGAGAAUACUUUUGUACGGUUUCGGACCAUACGUGCGUGGUAUGUCUCGAAUUCAGUUUCUGGCAAACUUUUGCGAAGCACGUCAGGGUCACGACUAAGUGAGUAUGUCGGCAAUAUCUCUGCAAAUCUCUGUUGAUCACACUCCCAGUAAACAUGAUCUUUAGCAAAGUGUAAAAUUCUCGGAGAUAGAAUUCGCUCUUGCACAACCUAGCCUCUGAGGCCCAAUUCAGAGGCUUUCACCCCUAUGCAUUCGGCCUCGAUGUUCUCCUCCCACAUGCCAUCGCUAUGCCAUACGAAAUUGCGGUGCUUGCCGUUCGAUUUGAAACCUGUCACGCAAAAGUUUUCAUAGUGUUGUUGGAACAAUCCACCGUCGUCAUCUAUGGCAGCAUCCGCAGAUAUGUUGAGUAUACAAAAAGAAUAAACUUGAGCCAUCAUUGA